AACAUGGCCGAUCAGAAGGAAAUCAGCCCACGGGCAACUGAUCAAGGUCGGAAUUACGAGUCGAUUACGCAAACCCCUUCCAAGGAUAAGACUCAGGUUCAGACACGGUAUGAGGAUGUAUCGGAUGAGCAUUCGAAUAAUCCGUUUGCAGACCCCGAGGUCGCAGAGCGUUAUGCUCUCAUCUAUGAGAAAGCGCAGUAUGAGUGUCGACAUGUGUUUGAUCCGACCUUGACGUGGACUGCGGAAGAGGAGAAGGCGCUCGUCCGGAAAUUGGACUGGCGGGUUUGUCUGUGGGCUUGUGUCAUGUUUUUCGGGCUUCAGGUCGAUCGAGGGAAUCUCGUGCAGGCUGUGUCGGAUAAUAUGCUGAAUGACCUCGGUCUGACCACGAAUGACUACAACACUGGCAAUACCAUCUUUCUGGUCGCUUUCCUUCUAGCUGAGCUUCCAUCGCAAUUGGUGUCCAAGCAGAUUGGCCCUGAUCGAUGGAUUCCCACGCAGAUGACCUUAUGGUCAAUUGUUGCUACCGCGCAGGCUGGUCUGGCUGGAAAGCGAUCAUUCUACGCUACGAGAGCCAUGCUGGGAAUACUCGAGGGCGGCUUCAUCCCCGACAUUGUCCUCUGGCUGUCCUACUUUUAUACCAGCCGAGAACUCCCUACUCGCCUAAGUCUCUUCUGGACCGCUCUCUCGGUCACCACCAUCAUCACAUCCUUCCUGGCAUUCGGCAUCCUCCACAUGCGCGAUGUCCAAGGCCUAGCCGGCUGGAGAUGGCUCUUCCUCAUCGAAGGCCUCAUCACCUUGGUCAUCGGCCUCGUCUCCUACUUCCGCAUGCCCGCCUCGGCCGUGGACACGAAGAAAUGGUUCCGCCCGAAAGGCUGGUUCACGGACCGAGAGGUCAGCAUCGUAGUGAACCGCGUCCUCCGCGAUGAUCCCUCCAAAGGAGACAUGCACAACCGCCAACCCAUCACCCCGCGUCGACUCUGGAACUCCCUCCGCGACUACGACCUCUGGCCAAUCUACCUCCUCGGUCUCAUCGUCUACAUCCCCCAAACCCCAGUGACAUCGUACAUCACAUUGACCCUGAAAUCCGUCGGCUUCAGCACGUUCACCACAAACCUCCUCACGAUCCCCUACAGCAUCGGCCACAUCAUCUGCCUUCUCACCCUCACCCGUCUCAGCGAAUACCUCAACGAACGCUCCCUCGUCGCCAUGAUCCAACCCAUCUGGACCCUUCCCUGCAUCAUCGCGUUACGUUUCUGGUCCGGCACCAUGACCAACGCGUGGGGAACAUAUGCCAUCGUCACUGUCCUGCUUUGCUAUCCCUACUGUCAUGCUAUUCUGGUGGGCUGGUGUUCGAAGAAUUCGAAUAAUGUGGGGACGAGGACGAUUUCAGCAGCGUUGUAUAAUAUGUUCGUCCAACUCGGCGCCAUAAUAGGGAACAAUAUCUACCGCGCGGAUGAUAAACCGAAAUAUCGUCGAGGAAACUCCGCCCUGUUGGGGAUUAAUCUGCUCGCGAUUGUCUUGUUUCUCUUGACGAAGGUGUAUUAUGUGUAUCGGAAUAGGCAGCGCGAUCGCGUGUGGAAUGGGAUGACGGAGGAGCAACGACAGGAGUAUUUACGCACGUCGACGGAUACAGGGAGUAAGAGGUUGGAUUUUAGGUUUGCACACUAG